AUGACAAUUGAUGAAGAAAAUUUAAAAUUUCUGAAAGAGUCAAAAGAAGAUAUUAAAGAAGAAGUUGAAGUUUCCAUCAUUGGCAAUUAUGAAGCAUUAGCAGCACUUGAAAAAAUAAUUAUGCUAUAG